UGUAAUUGCUUGUUCACAUCCCUGCUGCAAAUCUUCUGAUGCGACACAUGCUUCAUAUCAUGUCAUCGGUGACAUCCGUGAGGAUUCAUCUCUUCUUCCAUCAUUGCUGAAGAAUAGUGCGCCUCAGAUGCGUGGAGGUGACCGUUGACACCAUGCCUAAACCAACUAUCCUCAUUGUUGGCACUACUGACACCAAGCUCGAUGAGAUCCUCUACCUUCGCCAACAGAUUCUGGCCCAAGAUGCCUGCCAAACCAAGAUCUUCGAUGUAAGUGUUACACCUGGCAAGUCACCGGCCUGGGAAGAAAUUCCUCAAGACGAAAUCAUUUCGCCACUACACGAGCAGAGCACGGCUCUCAAAAAUCUCUCGCGCGGAGGGUAUGUGGACAAGACUAUCGAACUAUGUGUGCCCCUAGUCAAAGACCUUGUCGACAAGGCCAAAAUCUUCGGCAUAGUCUCAGCAGCCGGCAGCAGUGGCUCUUCGAUCGCAACAGCAUUCAUGCGCGAAGCUUGCCCCGUCGGGUUUCCCAAACUCAUGGUUUCGACCAUGGCAAGCGGAGACGUCAAACAUUACGUCGAAGAAACAGACAUUACAAUGAUGUACAGCGUUGUCGAUAUCGCUGGCGUUAACACGAUACUCAAGCGCAUCUUGUCUAAUGCUGCGUCCGCAAUCUCCGCAAUGGCAGUAUCGUAUGCAAAAUCUAUGAUUGACGCUUCUGCGGCAGACACAGCGGGCAAGCGCAUCGCUAUCACGAUGUUCGGCAAUACCACUCCUUGCGUGGACCAGAUCAGGCGCAUUCUGACAUCAACACCACACGAUGUAUCCGAAUACGAGAUCUAUGUUUUCCAUGCCACUGGGUCUGGCGGGCGAGCAAUGGAGAGACUUAUCAGAGAAGGGCAAAUUGACGCGGUUAUAGAUCUGACUACGACUGAAAUUCCAGAUGAACUCUUUGGUGGUGUGCUUACGGCUGGCCCGAAUCGUCUGGAAGCUGCAGCGCAAAAGGGUAUCCCGAUGGUGGUCUCCGUUGGCGCUUGCGACAUGGUCAAUUUUGGCCCUAAAGAGAGCGUACCCGAGAAGUACAAGGAUCGUCAUCUAGUCGUUCACAAUCCCGCUGUCACCCUGAUGCGCACGACAAAGGAUGAAAAUAAACAGGUUGGAGAUUGGAUCGCGUCAAAGUUGACGACUCAUGCCACAAACCCAGCCUCAAUCAGAAUGCUCCUGCCGGAAGGAGGAAUCAGCAUGAUCGAUGCACCUAAUCAGCCUUUCCAUGAUCCCGACGCUGACAAAGCACUAUUUGACAGUAUCGAGGAGGGGCUCGAAGGUUCUCAGAUUGAAAUCGAAAGACAUCCACUGCACAUCAACGAUGAGAUCUUUGCCGGGCAUGUAGCUUCAGCCAUUCUGGAGGUGAUGGGAAUCACACCGAGAAAGUAUCGGUUGGCAAAUGCGAGAAGGCGGAAGUGGUCCUUCGACCAUGGGUCGACGGUCAUGAUGGCAAGGAGACUCAGCCAGAUUGAGGUUCCCGAUGCGUAACUCAAUAAUUUGGGAGGCGCGCUAGGAUGGAAGGGCUUCUCUUGAAUGAUGAAAAUGAUUGCGGGAGGAUUGUUCGGCUAUGGGGUGUCUGUGUCUGCGCUUCACCUUUUAUGUAUACCAAUCCACGUCAUCGGUCUUCUCAGAAUUAGGAUGUUCGAUCGCCUUAAGAGGCUUUGCCUGAGUCACUAUUAUCAACCUGCAAUUUGAGCUUUUU